CUUGUGCCACCAGCAGCAUGAUCUUGGAGCGGGACUCAGAGACCACCUUUGAUGAGGAUUCCCAGCCCAACGAUGAGGUGAUGCCCUACAGUGAUGAUGAAACGGAGGACGAGCUGGACAGCCGGCUGCCCGCGCCUGGGCUGGGGCCAAACCGGCUCCGCGGGGACGCCGAGCAGCACGGGGACGCGCUGAGAAAAGACUACAGCUGGCAAGUUAAGGCAAAUGAUGAACACUUCCACCAGCAGCCCCAGUUCAAGAGAACAGUGUUUCUGUGCUUCAAAAAAAGCAAAUAUGCAGGAAAUGCAAUUAAGACAUACAAGUACAACCCUUUCACUUUCCUACCACUGAAUCUGUUUGAGCAGUUUAAAAGAGCAGCCAACUUCUAUUUCCUUGUCCUUCUCAUUCUGCAGUCGAUUCCCCAGAUAACUACCCUGUCAUGGUACACAACACUGGUGCCCUUACUCUUGGUGCUGGGAAUAACUGCAGUUAAAGACCUAGUGGAUGACAUUGCUCGCCACAGGAUGGACAAUGAGGUUAAUAACAGGACAUGUGAAGUGAUCCGGGAUGGAAGGUUCAAAAACACAAAAUGGAAAGAUAUUAAAGUUGGUGAUAUCGUUCGUCUGAAGAAAAAUACUUUCAUUCCUGCUGAUAUUUUGCUGCUAUCCAGCUCAGAACCAAACAGCCUCUGCUAUGUAGAGACAGCUGAACUGGAUGGUGAGACUAACUUAAAAUUCAAAAUGGCCCUUGAGGUAACACACAGAUACCUUCAAGAAGAAAGUGCAAUGGCAGACUUUAACGGCAUGAUUGAAUGUGAGGAACCCAACAACCGACUGGAUAAGUUUGCAGGAACAUUGUUCUGGAGAAACACGAGUUACCCACUGGAUGCUGAUAAGAUUUUAUUGCGUGGGUGUAAAAUCAGAAAUACAGACUUCUGCCAUGGAGUGGUGAUAUUUGCAGGGGCUGAUACAAAAAUAAUGAAAAACAGCGGCAAGACAAGAUUUAAAAGGACAAAAAUUGACUCCCUCAUGAAUUACAUGGUUUACACUAUUUUCAUGGUGCUCAUCCUGCUGUCAGCUGGGCUGGCCAUUGGACACACCUACUGGGAGCAGCAGGUGGGCAACACCUCCUGGUACCUCUACGACGCAGAGGACUUCAGCUUCCCGUACCGGGGCUUCCUCAACUUCUGGGGGUACCUCAUUGUUCUCAACACCAUGGUGCCCAUUUCUCUCUAUGUCAGUGUUGAAGUGAUUCGUUUGGGCCAAAGCUACUUCAUCAACUGGGACCUGCAAAUGUAUUACCCUGAGAAGGACACAGCUGCAAAGGCCAGAACCACCACACUGAAUGAGCAGCUGGGGCAGAUCCAGUACAUCUUCUCUGACAAGACAGGAACUCUUACACAGAACAUCAUGACGUUCAAAAAAUGCUGCAUCAACGGCCAAAUAUACGGAGACUGUCGGGAUGCAGCAGGGCAGCUGCAGAGCCACCCAGAGCAAGUGGAUUUCAGCUGGAACAGGUAUGCAGAUGGAAAGUUCUUGUUCUAUGAUCACUAUCUGCUAGAGCAAAUAAAAUCUGGAAAGGAGCCAGAAAUUCAGAAGUUCUUCUUUCUGCUUGCCAUUUGUCACACAGUCAUGGUUGACACUUCUGAUGGUCAGCUCUAUUACCAAGCAGCUUCCCCGGAUGAAGGGGCCCUGGUCACAGCAGCCAGAAACUUUGGCUAUGUCUUCCUUUCCCGAACACAAAAUACCAUCACCCUCAGUGAGAUGGGGACUGAGAGAACUUACGACGUGCUGGCCAUCCUGGACUUCAACAGCGACAGGAAGCGGAUGUCUGUCCUCGUAAGAGAAGCAGAUGGAAACAUAAGGCUAUACUGUAAGGGAGCUGAUACAGUAAUUUAUGAACGGUUGCACCCAAGGAAUCCAAAGAAAGAAGCUACAGAAGAAGCACUAGGUAUUUUUGCAAAUGAAACUCUUAGGACACUCUGCCUGUGCUACAGAGACAUUAGUCAUGAGGAAUUUGAAGCAUGGAAUAAAAAGUUCAUGGAGGCCAGUGUAGCUGCAACUAAUCGGGAUGAAGCUCUGGACAAAGUAUAUGAGGAAAUAGAAAAAAACUUGAUUCUGCUUGGUGCCACAGCUAUUGAGGACAAGCUACAGGAUGGAGUUCCAGAAACGAUUUCCAAACUUUCAAAAGCAGACAUUAAAAUCUGGGUGCUUACUGGUGACAAAAAAGAAACUGCUGAAAAUAUUGGGUUUUCAUGUGAACUCUUAACAGAUGAAACAACAAUCUGCUACGGAGAAGAUAUCAGUGCUCUUCUUCAGACUAGGUUGGAAAACCAGAGGAACAGACCUGGACCAAGUACCCCUUCCUCCCUAAGAAUGACCGAGCCCUUCUUCCAGGGCAGUAGAGAUCGUGCUUUAAUAAUCACUGGUUCCUGGUUGAAUGAAAUCCUGCUAGAGAAGAAAAAGAAGAAGAAGAAGAAACUGAAGCUGAAAUUCCCCAGAACAGCAGAAGAGAAAAAAAAGCAAAGUGAGAAGAGAAGGAGGGCUGAAGCCUACAAGGAACAGCAGCAGCAGAACUUUGUGGACUUGGCCUGUGAGUGCAGGGCAGUGAUCUGCUGUCGAGUGACUCCAAAGCAGAAAGCCAUGGUGGUGGAGCUGGUGAAGAAGUACAAGAAGGCCAUCACACUGGCGAUUGGGGAUGGUGCCAAUGAUGUGAACAUGAUUAAAACUGCCCACAUUGGAGUUGGAAUCAGUGGCCAAGAAGGGAUGCAGGCUGUCAUGUCCAGUGACUACUCCUUUGGGCAGUUCCGCUACCUCCAGAGGCUGCUGCUGGUCCACGGACGUUGGUCUUACAUUAGGAUGUGCAAGUUUUUAAGAUAUUUUUUCUACAAAAACUUUGCUUUUACACUAGUCCACAUCUGGUAUUCAUUCUUCAAUGGCUUUUCUGCCCAGACAGCUUAUGAAGACUGGUUCAUCACGCUGUACAACGUGCUGUAUUCCAGCCUCCCGGUUCUGCUCGUUGGCUUGUUUGAUCAGGAUGUGAGUGACAAAUUGAGUCUUCGGUUCCCUACACUCUAUGUUUUGGGACAGCAAGAUUUACUUUUUAACUACAAGAAAUUCUUUUUGAGUUUGCUUCAUGGAGCUGUAACUUCAUUGAUAAUCUUCUUCAUACCAUAUGGAGCUUACCUUAAAACUAUGGGACAGGAUGGAGAAGCACCUUCUGAUUACCAGUCCUUUGCUGUCACAGCAGCUUCUUCUCUUAUAUUUGUCGUCAAUUUUCAGAUUGGCUUGGAUACAUCUUACUGGACUUUUGUAAAUGCUUUUUCAGUAUUUGGGAGUAUUGCACUUUACUUUGGCAUCACAUUUGACUUACACAGUGCUGGGAUCCAUGUUCUCUUUCCUUCUGGCUUUCACUUCACAGGAACUGCUCCAAAUGCUCUGAGACAACCGUACCUCUGGCUGACCAUGAUUUUAUCAAUUGCUCUUUGCUUGCUUCCUGUAGUGGCACAGCGUUUCCUGUCAACCACAGUGUGGCCUUCAGAAAGUGAGAGAAUCCAGCGGCGGCGGCAGCAGUACCAGGCGGAGGAGCAGCAGUGGCGGCGGCGGCCCAGCGCUUUCCGCCGGGGGGUCUCGGCCCGGCGCUCCGCCUACGCCUUCUCCCACCAGCGCGGAUACGCCGACCUCAUCGCCUCGGGGCGCAGCAUCCGCAAGAAACGGGCCCCCCUGGAUGCGGUGCUGGGCAGCGGCGGGACCCCCGGCAGAGACACCCGAGAGACCAGCUGA